AUGCUUUUACUAAAGUCGUUCCCUUAUCUGUCACUCUUUGCAGCCGCCGUUUCUGUUUUUGGCCAUCCAAGCUCUCAUCAUACCCACAAACGUGACCAGAUUGAAUAUGAUUAUGUCAUCGUUGGAUCUGGUGCCGGAGGUGGCCCUUUAGCUGCCCGUCUUGCUAUAGCCGGAUACAAAGUGCUCUUGUUAGAUGCCGGCACUGACGAGGGUAAUGCUACUCAACAAAUGGUACCAGCCUUGCAACUUCAAUCCACCGAGUAUGGGCCCCAACGCUGGGAUUACUUUGUAAACCACUACACCGACCUCGAGCGACAGAAAGAAGAUUCAAAAAUGGUAUACAACACCACUUCUGGAGACUUAUAUGUUGGUCUCGACCCUCCAACAGGCGCCACGCCACUGGGUAUUCUUUACCCACGCGCUGGAACUCUUGGUGGUUGCACUGGGCACAAUGCCAUGAUUACUGUCACGGCUCAGGAUGACGAUUGGCAAUACAUUGCCGACAUCACCGGUGAUACAUCGUGGGAGCCAUCGAAUAUGCUAUCAUACUUCGAGCGCCUGGAGGCUAAUCGGUAUCUUCCGUCUUCGAUAGUUGGACAUGGCUAUGACGGUUGGCUCAUGACAAGCUUGACCUCCCUAGGACUCGUCAUUGAGGAUCAGAAAUUGUUAUCAUUAAUUCUGGCCUCCUGUACCGCGGCCGGGAAAAGUAUUCUAGGCAUGAUUAUAACCACCGUGACUGGUCUAGCAGGUGUUUUACUCCGUGAUUUGAACUCUCCCGAUCGAAAUUGGGCUACAGGUCCCUUUCAAGUGCCUCUAGCAGUCAAACUUCCCGACAGUUCACGUACGGGACCUCGCGAUUUUCUUGUAAAUACUAUCGCCGCCAAAAACUCGGACGGUUCCCGCAAAUACGUUCUUGACAUUCAGCUCGAGACUCUUGUCACCAAGGUUGUCUUUGAUCAAAGCGGCACUACUACUCCUCGUGCUGUCGGAGUCGAGUAUCUCCAAGGUCAAAGUCUCUAUCGCGCCGAUCUGCGCUCUAGCACUGCGGGCCCUGGUGUACCUGGAGCAGUCAACGCGACCCGCGAAGUCAUUCUGUCGGCCGGUGCGUUCAAUAGCCCUCAACUUCUCAAACUAAGUGGUAUCGGCCCCAAAGCCGAACUCGAUCAAUUCAAUAUUCCCAUUGUGGUUGAUCUACCGGGAGUUGGAACCAAUCUUCAAGAUCGUAUCGAUGGUGAAGCGCCCACCGACUUCACGAUUACGUCCCAAUGCACAUUCCUUCGCACUUCCCCGGAUCCUUGUCUAGUCCAGUGGCAGAACAAUAAGAUUGAUCCCGGAACAUACGCCACCAAUGGAAUUGCCAUUGCUGUCUUGCGCAACACAAGCACAUCUAGCUCCUCGUUCCCGGAUAUCUUUGUUUCUGGUGCUCCUGCCAAGUUCAAGGGUUACUUCCCCGGUUAUGCCGAUGAUUCACUGGCUGAUGCGCGGCACUGGGCAUGGAUUGUUUUGAAGUCCCACGUACGCAAUAACAUGGGCACAAUAACUCUUCGUUCAACGGAUCCGCGCGAUACCCCCAUCAUUAACUUUCGCUACUUCGACGAGGGUGUUACCGCCGGAGGAGCCGAUGAAUUCGAUCUUCAAGCACAGUACGAAGGAUUGAUGUUCGCUCGUCAAGCCUUUUCCGACUUGAUUCCUCUCGACGGUUCCUUCACCGAAACUUGGCCAGGUCCCAACGUCACGACGGAGGCAGAUAUGAAAGAUUUCAUCAAGCGUGAAGCCUGGGGCCAUCAUGCAUCAUGCACAUGCCCAAUCGGCAACGACACAGAUCCCAACGCUGUAUUGGACUCUAAUUUCCGUGUCCGUGGCGUCGAUGGUUUGCGAGUUGUGGAUGCUUCUGUUUUCCCCAAGAUACCAGGUUAUUAUAUCGCUUUGCCCACUUACCAAAUCAGUGAAAAAGCAUCGGAUGUCAUCAUUGCUGCUGCCAAAGCGAGCUGA